AUGCUUGGAAGUACUUCAGCAAAUGCUUCACAUCAAAAUUCCUUCAAUAAUUUAAGCAAAGCUUCUAGGCAGUGCAGGCAGAAGUUAUCUGAAUGUACAAUGAAAAGAGCUGCAACUAAAAGAAAACAGUCAUCUUCGCUGUUGGAUACCUUAGAUUUGGAGAAUCCUGAUUCAAUUUUGACGAAGGUUAAUCUUAAACCUAAUCAAGUGAACUCACGUCGUUCUUCGCUUGUAAAGUCCAAGAAUCUUGAACAUAUCCCAUCUAAGAGUGAUUCUCAUCUGCAUAAUUCAUCAUCGACGUGUUCAGUUUCAUCAACUGCGGAUAGCUCUGUGAUAUCACCUACUGCUUCUUCGUCCACUACAAUUGUUAAGAGUUCUCAAAAUAAAAAAAAUCGUAGCACAAAACUUUCACAGUCUCUGAGUGAUAAUCACAGUGUAUGUGAAUCUGUUUGUUCCCCCUCUUCCAUACGGUUUAAAGACUGUUUGAAAAAACCAGAUUGUCCAACAGAAGCAAACAGAAUUAAAUUAGAAAAUGAUACAAGAAAUAAGUCUUCAUCUCCAAAUGUAUCUGAGCUCUGCCCUUUCCAUCCGGAGGAUGCUUUAGAUACUGAUAUUAAUAACUCUGUUAGGUCAUUCGAUGGAGGUGAUCUUGGAAAUGGAGAAGAUGGUGACUCAUGUAUUGUGUCUGAUGGGAUUCUCGGUCAUUCGUUGUCAUUAGGUUCUUCGUAUAAUGGAACUUUAACAUCACCUACAUCGUCUAUUGGGGAUUCAAAUAGGAGUAUAAAGCUGUGUGAUAAAACCUUGGAGUGUGAUAAUCUCAGGAUAACUGAUUCUCCACUCGUAAAACAAACUCAUGCGCGUCGACUUUCACUCGAUUCAAAGCUAGUCAAUUCUACAUCUGGCAAACAAAGCAGCGCUAGUACCUCACGAUCUGCACGACCAUCGCGUUCCUCUAAUCCCAAUAGUUCUACUGCGUCACCUUCUAUGCCUCCACCCAGGCAAACAAAAACUUUGGCUGCUAUGAGGGAAAAACUGCGAGCAAAACGUAUGUUAAAGGAAUCUGAGCGUGGUAUUAUAAGUCAGCGUUUCUAUGGUCUACCGGGUAGUAUGACUCCACAUCCUGCGAGUGGUUCAAGUGGUUACUUUCAAAAUCGUAAUUACUCUACAUGUGUCAACUUCCUACCUUUGAGUGAAAUUGACAAUAAACAAUCUGUGUGUGUUACAUCUCCUUCAGCUGGUACUCCUAUGUCAUCACCGGUGAACGAUAGAAAUAUGCAGUCUGUUAAUCUCUCCUCCUUACUUAGCGAAACUCAAGAACUAGUUGCAUCAAAUUUAGCAUCUGAAAGCCCGCGUUCUCCACAUUCAGCUCCGAGUAUUGAUGUUAUGUCUCCACUGCUUCCUCUUAAUAGUACAUCUGUAGAAACUACAAGUACUAGUAACAACCUCGAUAACUAUACUUGCUAUUCUAACAGCUUCGCACAGUCAUAUCCAUCUUCACCUCAUCUGACUAACUCGAAUAUGAAUAUCAAUUUGCAACAUUCUCUCUCUUCACACUCGCCUAGUCCUAUACAUCCGUCUCAAACGUAUCGAUUGGAGCAGAGUGUAUCUGCACCUCCCACUCCUUCAAAUCCGCAAUCGGGACAAAAUUUUACGAAUUACUUGCACCAAUCAGGCCCAUCUUUCCCUUCUCCGGGACCAUGUUUUAAUUCCUCUGCUUCUUUACGUACAUCUCAAGUCAGCCCGGUGGUUUCCGUUGGUUCAUAUCCGUCUCCUGUGUUUACCGGCAAGUGUACAGUACCUUCUAGCAUCCGACCUAGCAGUUCAGUAUUACCUGAUUCACAUUUCACCCAAAACUUAAAUAAUACAGUUCCGAGUAACGGCAGCCCCACUGUUAGCAUAAAUCACGGAGUUCCAGAAUCCUUAACUCCAUUUAAAUCAGUUUGCCAAACACUCUCUACAUUCGUAGAAUCUGUAACUUCGGUGCAAGCAACAAUGAAAUCUGUUCCAUCUCUUGACACGAUUUCCAUCAGUCCAUUAACAUCUGUUUCAAGUGUUACGAAGUUACUGACUUCCAAUUCACGCCAGAAUCGUUCCUCAACUACAACCCGUGCAUUCUUUGUUGAUGGUGAUAAUUUAUCAGAAGCUGUUGCAUUUCUUCAGAGUUUAAACCCGAAAGCUACCAUUACUCAGCAGCAGUUUUUACUUAUCCCUGGUGCUAACAAAUCUCAAAUGUUCUUGUGCAGAGCACCCGUUACAUGUUCAUCUGAAGCCAUACCGUCAUGUGCUUCAACAAAAUCUUCAGUUUCUGUCUCGCAUACUUCCCAGACGUCUUGGGCAGGUAACGUAUCACUGGUAUCAAAUUCAGGAACACCAAGUACAGGAAGUCCAUCUAGUUCUACUUCUUCAUCUAUUGUUUUGAACGAUGUUCCAUCGUCGACAUGUUCUAUUGAGAAAAGCUGUCUAUCGGGCAACACUUCAGCUACUGAUUCAUACCGACACAGUAACUUCUAUAUGACCACAUGCAAUGAUGUAGCGUUUCCCAAAGUUGUGAAGACUUCCUCUGACCUUCAAAUACCGCGCUCUCUGGUUUACUCGAAAUCUAUUAAUGUAUCUGCAUCGAACGGGCCAUCAUUUCCUUUGAACAUUUUGAUUUCUCACCCCAAAGUUUCUGAAGCCAGUAGUGAAAGACCAUCUUUACUUCAUGUUGUAAAAUCAGUAUCAUCCCACUCGAAGUUGGUCGUUCCUCCGUCAGCUAAUUCAAUCUCUUGCCCACCUCGUGCAGCAGUCCCCACUGUUCUUAAUUACAAACAACCUGUAUCCCAUUCUCAGCUCAAUCUCUCACUGUUAACUCCAGGACCUUCAGUCAUCAGCAAUGAAGUCCCCAUACUUUUCGUCCAGGAUCGUAAUCAGCAUCCUGUUAACUCUCAGACUCCAACACGACCCGUUAACUGGGUACAGCAUAAUUCAUUUGAUCAACACACAGAUCUUACUGACCGACCGUCCAUCAGUUUGCCCAUUUUGCCUACUGCAACUGUGAUAACAACACACGCAAAUAACACAAGUGAAUUUCGAUGUUUUCCUCAUCCAGUGGCUAGAUCGGCACCGUCUAUGCAAAUUCCUAAUAAUGUACCUGUCUCCAGUCACUUCGGUUUCCAGUCAAUACAGUCUGUGCAACCACCUAACCCUACAGUUAACUCUCUAGGUCCCACUCCAUUCUUAUCCGGUCCAACUGCUACUAUUAUGUCUCCAUGCCUACCUGCCGUGAUACUUUCACACCCAAUAUCAAUCCAGUCAACUAGUAAUGUUGCCCCUGCCAGCAAAAUAUUUUUAAUCGAUCUCUUCCUUAAUCAGCAUGGUGGAAAAUUAAAUGUUUAUUGA